AUGACGAUCGAAUCGCCGCAAAAAAAGUCUACUAAACAGGAAGAUCAACCGACUAAGCGGGCAGGUCAAAGAAGCGAUGGAUUUAGCAACAAGAACAAGGAUAAGCGCAGGUCACACCCACAAGGAGACGGUACAGCAGGAGAGAACUACACCAAGUUCACCAUCCCCAUACAUCAAAUCUUAGCCCAAGUGAAAAACAAACCUUGGGUAAGAAGACCGCCACCCUUGAAAGGAGAUCCAGACAAGAGGGAUACAAGCAAAUACUGUGCCUUCCAUGGGACACACGGGCACACUACCAAUAACUGCCUCGCUUGGAAAGCACACCUUGAAGAACUCGUGAAAGAGGGUCACUGCACGGAGUUCAUCGUGAAGCAGGCCAUCCAGCGGAUUGAAGAUCGAGACACCGCCAAGGAACCGCCCCAGAAGGUCAUAAGGAUUAACACAAUCCUAGCCGACGCCAAGGAGUCAGGACUGACCAGCAAGGAAAAGAAGAGGAAGAUCAAACAGGCCACUAUGAUCUCCCAAGUCUCGACUGACCUUCCACCAACAGAAGACGAUCCUAUAAUCGGCUUCCAAAAGAAAGAUCUGAUCGGCCUCGACAUGCCACAUAACGAUGCCCUUGUCAUCAGCAUACAAAUCGCUCAGGCCAUGGUCGACCGAAUCCAUGCAGACGAGGGCAGCGCAGCCAAUAUCCUGCAACUGGCUGUCAUCCAGCAGAUGGGCUUGGAGGCAAAGAUCAACAAAUCAGCCAGAUCGCUGACCGGCUUCAAUGGCGCAACAACGGUUACCGUGGGCACAAUAGACCUUGACGUCUACUCCCCACCUGUAGUCUGCUUGCAAACGUUCAUGGUCAUUAAUGAGGUCUCACCCUACAACGGCAUUCUGGGCAGGCCAUGGAUCGGCAUGAUCAACGCCAUCACCUCUGCCACACAUCAGAAAAUUCGGUACCCAAUCCCUGGGGGCGGUGUUGGACAAAUCAACAGCGAUCAGGCAAUGGCGAGGAAAUGCUCCGCCCAAAGGGCUGAAGAAAAGCAAGCAAGCGCAGUUCCUCCCAGUAAGCCAGGCAGAUUUGAAGGAGGUGGAACAAUCGAACCUUGCUAUCUUAUAGCAAUCAAAGCGUCAGGACCAAGCCGAGGAAAUCCGUCCAGAGGUCUUUCCUGA